CGCGGCGGUCGAAGAAUGCUGAAAGCUUACAGCGGCUUCCUGGUCCGCCACGCCUGCGCGCUCGCCUCCCUUCUCUUCGCCUCGGCGUGGGUCAGCGGCGGCCUGCUCCUGCUGCUUGGCCGCACGCACUUUCAAAAUUAUGGCGCGUUCGAACUCCUCGUACGAGGAGCGCCAGCCGUUGACGAGAUGGACCUCGCCAACGCCGCACUCAAGGCUGCGGACGCCUGGGCGGCUGGUAGCCGCGCACGCCCUCGCACCGUCCUCUCCUCGCUCGACAGCGCCGUGGUGCUCGUCUAUUCAGCUGGAGGUGAGCCGCUGCUGACGCCGGAGCGGCUGCAGGCCAUCUGUGAGGUCGACAACGUGCUCCUCGGCACCGACGGCUACGACCUGCUCUGCUACGACGGCGCGCUGCCGAUCCCCGGCCUCGCCUCGCGCUCGAGUAUGUCCGGCCGCUCUUGCUCGCUGCAGCUCACAUCGCCGACCGCCUUCUUUUACGUCAACUGGCAGCUGGUCCUCGCUAUCGAGAAGCAGCUGCGCUGGCUGCGCCGCGUCUCGCCCUUUGCGCGCGUCGUCGAGCCUCCGCCCUCCGUGAGCCGAGAGCUGCUCCUCGCCACCUCGGCCGGCUUCGAGCGAGGCAGCCACACGCGCAGCUGCCCGCUCCUUCCGCAAGAGUACGUCGAGGCGCGCGCCGCGCAGCUGCUCGAGCUCGCCGCCACCGGCGGCACGGCCAGCGCCAACGCCAGCAGCCCCAGCGACCCCGUGGCCCGGACCGUGCGCGAGCAACUCUCUCCGCUCGUCGACGCGAGCGCCGCAACGCGCGGCCACGUGUCGCAAGCCUCCUCGGUGACCUCCUUUGGCGAGCCGCUCGACCCGCGGCUGCUCAGCUACAUCGGGGGCGGCAUCGCGCCAAACGACGACGAGGCGCGCUCGCUGCAGCUGCAGCUCCGCAACGACCUCGAGAGGCGCUUCGCGCAGUCGCUCGCGGCCGGCCUCGCACUACGGCCGCCCUCGCCCAUCUCGUCUCUCUGGCGAGGCCACGCGGCACUGCCACACGCUCUGCAGGUCGCGGCCCGGUGGCUCCUCGGCUCCUCUUCUCCUCUCGCGCGCCUCGGGCCCCCGCGACUCUUCGCGCCCCUCCGCCCCUCCGCCCCUCCGCCCCUCCGCCCUUUAACUCGAUGCGCAUACGACCGCACGGCCGCGCGCGCCUCACGUUGCCUUGCCAUGAACAGGCUGACUACCUCGGAUCGAUGGAGCUUUCCCGCUCCGAGGCGGUAUCGCUCGCCGACCAGGCAGUGCUGUGGUCGGCGGGCUCCGUGCUCUUCGUGUGGGUGCUGAUGGCGCUGCAUCUCCGCUCGCGCUGGCUCGCGACCCUCGGCAUCUGGCAGAUCCUCGCCGCGCUCCCGAUCUCGUGGCUUCUGUACGCGCUCUUCGUGCCAAUGACGGCGGCCAUCUCAACGCUCG